AUGUCCUUCAACUUGCACAGAUACCUCAAAAAAUACCCUUUUGUUGAUUAUUCUGCUAAAAACUGGGUGGUUCAUUUGAAAGAGUCCAAAUCGCAAGCUUGUUUUGACAAAACGACAGUACAAUCUAUUCUAACGUUAUGCGAUUCUUCCACACCCCGCUCUAAAACGUGGUUCAUAAUCUACUGGACUAGCACAAAUACAGACUUUCCAGAGAGCUUUACCACUCUUAUGAUCUUGUCGUAUUUCGGCAUCGCACCGGUGGUGGAGGUUUUCCUGGAAUGGAAUUACGAUAUUGACCUAGAUGAGCGCGACGACAAAUAUAAGAGGUCGGCACUAUCCUGGGCCGCUGGAAACGGUUUCGAUGCCGUUGUCACUAGAUUGUUGAGGGGGCCCCGGUGGAAAGGGCUUGUUUAUUUACCCUUUAGAUAUGGAGGAGCAAAUAUUGAUUCUGUCGAUAGACAAGGCCGGACACCGUUAGUACACGCCAUUCUGAAUAAACAAGAACCAGUCGCCAACCUACUGCUUAGAGCCGGAGCCCAGACCAACUUGAAGGAUUGCAUUGGAGGAACGCCGCUUCACUAUGCUAUAUGUAGCGGGCAGAAUAAUUUGGUAGCACAAAUGCUCAAGAAAGGCGGCAAAGUUGGUCUAGAGAAUGAUACUAGAAAGGAACUGUUCUUUUCUGCUGCGAGGUCAGAUGACAACGAUAUCAUUGAGCUGCUGCUGGAGGAGGGUGAGAUUGACCCUAAUGAAAGGGACUCCAACGGUAACACGGUGCUGUUGUUGGCCGUGAGAAAUGGAAGCAAGAAAUUGGUCCAGUUGCUGUUGCAUAGAGGUGCGGGGCCCAGCGUGGAGAUACAGAACAGUGAUUUUUCAACGCCACUGGGACUCGCUAUGGAGCAUGGAUAUAAAGAAAUAGCAGAGCUGCUACUAGAUACAGAUGCAAAUUUCGAUAUAAAACAUAGGGGCAGCACACCACUAAUAAUGGCUGCAAAAAGAUCAAACCGGGAGAUGGUGAAAUUACUACUGGAUAGAGGUGCAAAUCCAAAUGCAAAGGAAGGUCAUGGCUGGACACCUCUGAUAGUGGUUGCGCAAAUCCAAAUACAAAGGGGGGGUUAUCAUGGCGAUGCACCUUUGAUAAUUGCGACAGAACAAUUGAACGUGGAGAUGGUAAAGUUACUGCUGGACAACGGUGCAAAUCCAAACACAAAGGGAGGUUAUAACGGCGCAUAUCCAAACGCAAAGCUUGCAAAGGGCGGUUAUCGACACUGCGACACAUCACUGAUAGUCGCCACAAAGUUGUCGGAUGAGGGGAUAGUUCGGUUGCUGCUGGCUAAUGACGCGGAUAUUGGGACGUCGGCGAACGGUUGGGACGACGUGACAGCACUAAUGGUCGCAUCAGCCUAUCGUCGUAGCAGGUCGAUCGUGGAGGUGCUACUGAACCGUGGCGCGGAUGUUGAGGUAAAGGAUCCCGGCGGCGAGACAGCACUUUCUUGGGCUGUCAGAAUGGAGAAGCAGGAUAUAAUCCAGCUACUGGUGAAGCAUGGUGCAGAUAAAACAGUAGUGAAUCACGAGGGCAAAACACCACUGACAUAUGCUUUGGAAUCAAAGAAUCGGAGGGUGCUCCAGCUUCUAGUCGAAGGGGAUGACAGGUACAACGAUUUAUUAUCUGAGUUGCCAGAGGGAUCCGAAGAGUAA